AUUAUUAUAUAAUAAAAAAUCUCACCUUCUCUUUAAAUUAUACACACACAAAAAAUUCCAUAUCUCACUUUUUGCUUUCAACAAAUUCAUCUGAAAAGCACUUUGGAUACUAUUUUUCCUUGUUCUAUUUCCUCCUCCUCUUACUUGUCCCCUCACUUUCUUGGGAAAUAAAAAAUUAAAACUAUUUUUUCAAUUGUCCAAUCCCUAACUCUAAUUGCCCCAACCUCCUUCUCCUAAUUCUUUUUAUAUAAAAAUCUUCUCACCUUCUCUUUAAAUUAUAUACACACAAAAAAAACAAAAAACAAAUCUAUAUAUCUCACUUUUGCUUUCAACAAAUUCAUUUGAGAAGUACUUGAGAUACUGUUUUUUCUUGUUCAUGUUCAUCUUCCUCUUAGUUGUGGAAAAAAAUUGAAUUUUGGUCCAAUCCCUGUCAUUUCCUAAUUAGGGAUUUUGUCUUUCAACUCUGUACCAGGUUUGAUUUGCUAACAAAAGGGUUAGUUCUUUUUUUUGAAAAAAAAAAACAAAUUCAUUUGAAAAGUAUUGGAUACUAUCUUUUCUUGUUCUAGUUCCUCCUCCUCUUACUUAUCCCCUCACUUUCCUGGAAAAAAAUUGAUAUAUCAACUCUGUACCCGAUUUGAUUUGCUAGUAAAAUUGUCAGUUCAAUUAUUAAAAAAGAAAAACAAAUUCAUUUGAAAAGUAUUGGAUACUAUCUUUUCUUGGUCUCGUUUGUCCUCCUUUUUUUUUUCCGAUGGUGCAAUCACUAACUCUACCUGCGCUAACCUCCUUCUCUUUUUCCGUCCCAAAACCCUCCUAUUCCGCCACGGCAGUUGGAUUUAACUGCCGUGUUUCGCGUACUAGGAGGGCAACGGUAUGUGCUGUUGCGGUUGCGGAGGCUAAUCCAGUGUUAGAGAGGAGAAAAUCGGUGAGUUUAUAUGAGGUGUUAAGAGUUAAUAGAGAUGCUUCUGCUAAAGAGAUUAAAGCUGCUUACCGGAAUCUAGCUAAACUGUACCAUCCCGAUGCUGCUGCUGCUGCUGAGGAGGAGGAAUCUUCCAGACCCGACCCGACCCGGGAUUUUAUUGAGAUACACGAUGCUUAUGCUACGCUAUCUGAUCCUUCAGCUAGGGCUCUUUAUGAUCUUAAGUUGACUCUGGAUUUACGAAGAAGAGGGAUUUACCCGACCCGGGUGAAGAGGUCUGGGUUUUACCCGACCCGGAGAUGGGAAACGGAUCAAUGCUGGUAGAUAUUUAGGGUCCCCACAUUUCUCCGCAUUCACACUGUAUUUUUUGUCAAGUGGCGUUUAGAUGGAGAUUUUUAGCUAGUGUACAUACGGCAUCUUUUUCAUUUUUUUUCCCCUUUUUUUGUUCCUCUAUUUAAGCCAAUUAGCUGAAAAUGAAAAAUGAAAAAUGAAAAAAUUCUUGUUUGAGGAAA